GGUCUCCACGUCUGCCAACCGCCAUGACCUGCGGAAGCAUCCGGGCUCUGCACUUCCUCCAUCGUCACCUUCCACGCGUCCUCUCGACCUCUCCCCCUUCCCUUCUCCGCAGACAAAACUCCUCCCUCAGCUUCACCCCGACCGCCAUGGCCGACCUCAACCGGAAGACGACGACGCAGACCUCCUCCUUCUCUGCCUCCUCUCAUCCUGGUAAACGGGGCAGCAGUGGAGGGACAAGUCUAGAUAUGGGCCACGAUCGAAAAGAACGAACGAGAGGUCGCGGCGGUCCUGGCAAAGAUAGAGUCGACGCUCUCGGUAGGCUAUUGACUCGCAUUUUGCGCCACAUGGCUGCUGAGUUGAACUUGAAUAUGAGGAGUGAUGGGUAUGUCAAAGUUCAAGAUUUGCUUCAGUUGAAUUUAAAAACCUUUGCCAAUGUACAGUUGAGUGCGCACACGGUUGAUGAAAUAAAGGAGGCAGUGAGAAGGGAUAAUAAGCAGCGGUUCAGCCUCUUAGAAGAGAACGGGGAGCUUUUAAUACGUGCAAACCAAGGUCAUACAGUAAAGACUGUCGAGUCCGAUAGCUUGCUGAAGCCAAUCCUUUCGGCUGAGGAAGUUCCAGUUUGUGUGCAUGGAACCUAUAAGAAGAAUCUGCAGUCUAUAUUGGAUUCUGGUUUGAAGCGUAUGGAGAGAUUGCAUGUGCACUUCUCAUCAGGCUUGCCAACGGACGGGGAAGUAAUAAGUGGCAUGAGGAAGAAUGUAAAUGUUCUGAUCUUCCUUGACGUAAGAAAAGCUCUAGAAGACGGGAUGAAGAUUUACAUUUCGGAAAAUCGGGUCAUCUUGACUGAAGGUUUUGAUGGGGUUGUACCUGUUAAAUACUUCGACAAUAUGUUAUCAUGGCCAGAUAAACAAGUCAUACCUUUCGAGAAAAAGUGAAUGUAGCGCAACAAAAGCCAAACGAGAGAAUCUACCGAGGAUUGCUAUCUUCUUUCAACAUUGGCAGAUCACAGCAAUUUUACCAAUUUCUGGAUGAAAAAUGUAUGUUGAUUUGAUAAAUUGGUUAGUUAUACAUUUUUAGUGGCUUCUGCUAAGAGCCUUUUUUACCUCUUACAUUCUUUGUACUUUAUUUUCCUUCUCAACAAAGAUACCAUUUUAUUAUGUUACUCUAACCCUUCUUUUUUGGUUGCUUACCGUGCCAAUAGGAUAUGGCAUGGGUUUGUCUUUAA